AUGUCUUCGUGUUUAAGCGGAGGAGGAAGGGCAUAUGGAUUGGAAAUUGAGAUUGUUAAAUCCCCAACAACUUCUUGGAAUUCACAUUCAUCUUCUCCAUCUUCAACUCUGUCUGAAACAAGCAAUUCCCCUCUAGCAAUCUCAAGUCGGAAACCCCGAACCCCCCGAAAAAGGCCAAACCAGAACUACAAUGAGGCAGCAGCUCUUCUCUCCACUGCCUAUCCUAAGAUCUUUUCCACCAAACACCUCACAAAGCCUGGGAAAUUCACCAAACCACAAUACACUUUUUCCUACGAGUCAUCUGAAUUGCUUCUACCUUUUCAAGUUGUUGACAACUCUGGUUUUUCACUUCAUCAAUCAAUUCUAGAAAAACCCAAUUUCCGGAUUGAGCCAAAAGUGGUGAAUUCUUGUGAAAAGCCAUGUCAAAGUCCGGGGGAAAUUGAAUUCCAGGGGAAUUCCUUGGAUUUGUGUGAUGAUUACCAAGAAGAUUUCGAUGCAGAAUCAAUACUUGAUGAGGAAAUUGAAGAGGGUAUGGACAGUAUUAUGGGGAAUCUUAGUGUGGACAAUGACUUGGUCAAUGAGUCCAAUGCUGCUUCUUAUGGUGGCCAAAUUAAUACUUGCUAUGGUUAUCCAAUGGGAUUCGGAUUCGGCCCGAAAUUGGACUUGAAUUUUGGAGUGAGAAAAAAUAAAAAGAAAAAGAAGGUAGAAAAAGGAGUGGAAUCAGCAAAAGGGAAUUCAAUUCCCCGGGGGGGAUCUUCCAAAGUGAAUUCAAUUCCAAAACCACCUAAAGAAGAAGAUUCAAUCCCAAAACCCAAUUCCGGGUUGCUCCUAAAAUUGAACUACGACGACGUUUUGACCGCCUGGUCGGAUAGUAAGCUUCCAUUUUCCGAUGAAGUUCCGGGAAAUGAUCUCCAUGCCAGGCUGGCUCAGAUAGACCUCUUCUCGGAAAGUGGAGGUGUGAGAGAAGCUAGCGUGAUGCGCUAUAAAGAAAAGAGACGUACACGCCUUUUUUCUAAGAAGAUCAGGUACCAGGUCAGAAAAGUCAACGCUGAUCAACGGCCUAGAGUGAAGGGGCGAUUUGUUAGGAGGGCAAAUUCUCCUGAAAGUGACCAAAGAUAG